CAACAGAUACAACAUCGAUUGGAGUACAGGCUGGUUUGAACAUUGGAAGUUGCUUCUCAUCUAAACUCCUUCCAAUUUACAUUAAUACCCCCAAACGACCUCUGUUAUCCUAGCAGUCACCGAGGGCACAAAAGUAAUUUUAACUCCAUUAUUACGAAACCACCAUCCUCAACUCACCGGAACGAGAAAAAAACAAACAAAAAAACACAAUGCUCUUCGUUCUUCUUCUUCCUCUGAACUCAUCAAAACCAGAUCCGUUUAAGCCCUAAACCUAACAUCGGAACCCUAAAUCCCCAAUUCUUCGAUCUCUCAAAUUCGAAUCGGUGUUAGAGAGAGAUCUCAAAAGAAUGGGCGAUUUCAACCUGGCUCUGGUGAUUGUGGCGAUCGUGGUGUGCGUGAUCGUGUUCCUCGUCAACGUUUACCUCCUCGUGAACUACCAGCACCCUGAUGACGUCAACCAAGCUUACUUCCCCAAAUUCGUCGUCGUUUUGGGGCUGUCCGUUGCCGCUAUCUCCAUCCUCAUGCUCCCCGCCGACGUGGCAAACCGCCAGGCGUGCCGUCACGCGAUCUACAACGGCGCGUGUAACCUCACGCUCCCCAUGAAAGACCUAUGGCUCGUCGUCUACAUUCUCGACGCGGUCCUCGUGUUCUUCGUUAUCCCCUUCGCCAUGUUUUACUACGAAGGGGACCAAGACAAGAGUAUUGGCAAGCGGAUUAAGAGUGCGUUGUUGUGGAUGGUGACCACUGCUAUCGUGUGCGCUCUAGUUUUGGGUAUUUUGUAUGGGCUUGUUGGGAAGGUGGAUUUUACUGUUAUGCAUCUCUCUUCGUCCACAAGUUCAUUUCCUAGCUCAUGGAACUUCAAUAGUGGUCAACAAUGUAUUGGAAGUGGCUCCCGUCAGUGUUCUGCAUACUCUGCUAGUCCUUCAUCAGAGCAGACUUGGACAAUGCGUGCCACCUUUCCAGAAUAUGUUGUUGCUCUUGCUACUAUUGUUGGAUCUGUGCUUUUCGCUAUAUUUGGCGGCGUUGGUAUUGCCUGUCUUCCAUUGGGACUUAUAUUCUCAUUUAUUCAGCGUCCAAAGGCUGUUAUUACUCGCUCACAGUAUAUCAAGGAAGCAACUGAACUGGGUAAAAAAGCAAAAGAGCUGAAGAAAGCAACUGAGUCACUUCAUCAGGAAGAAAGAAGUGGUUCAAAGGGUCGGAAAUUUCGUAAAAAUGUGAAAGCAGUAGAAAAGGAGUUGUUUCAAUUAGAAGAAGAUGUAAAGCUUCUUGAGGAGAUGUAUCCACAAGGGGAAAAGGCUGAGACAACAUGGGCCCUAACAGUUCUUGGGUAUCUCGCAAAACUUGUUUUGGGGAUCUUAGGGUUUAUCGUUUCUGUGGCAUGGGUUGCUCAUAUCAUUAUUUAUCUAUUAAUUGAUCCUCCUCUUUCUCCUUUCCUGAACGAAGUUUUCAUCAAGCUGGAUGAUGUAUGGGGUCUUCUGGGUACAGCUGCAUUUGCAUUUUUCUGCUUCUACCUUCUCCUUGCUGUAAUUGCUGGUGCCACGAUGCUUGGGCUGAGACUAGUUUUCAUUACCAUACAUCCCAUGAAGUGGGGAGCAACUCUUAUGAACUCUUUUCUGUUCAAUGUGGGCCUUAUCCUUCUUUGUUCCAUUAGUGUGAUCCAGUUCUGCUCCACAGCAUUUGCUUACUAUGCUCAGGCAACUGCAGCGCAGGAAAUAUUUAGCCAUACUUUGGAGUCUCUUCGUGGAAUUAAAUAUUUGUACAAGUACAACGUAUUUCAGAUUGCCUUUGUUGUUUUGGCUGGAUUGACUUUUGUGUAUUACGCUGCCUUUGGAUGGAGAAGAAAGAAGCCCAGUGGCAGGUUCCAAUUGUCUACAUGAGGUAUGGUUUAUAGCAUGGAAGAGUGUCUUCUGAAGGGAGCCAUCGGAAAUUCCUUGUCUUAUCAUCUCAUUUGGUGUGGCUUUUAUAUUCGGAUAUGGUUUUGGCCUAGUUUUGUUUUAUGUUGAAAGCAAUGGAGUAGGCUGAUCAUCAUCCGAGUAGAAUCAUUUUCCUGCGGUGUAAUCAUUAGGUGGGUGCUUGUGCUGUCAUUGAGGUCUUUGAUUCUUUCCUCACCCUUGUAUGUAUUAUUCCUUUGUUUGAUUUGUGUUACACAUUCUUCUGAUUAUGUAAUUGAAUAUCUCAUGUGCACACGAGACUCUGGGUUUCUAGAACCCUUUGAUGUAACGCAACCCUUGCUAAACAGAAAGUUGUACGA